AUGAAUAAAAUAUACAUGAAAACUGUGUUUUCUCUUUUGGGUUCUUUCCUAUAUGUAAACAAUAAAGUCAUUGCAAGCGAUCCUUUUCUAAGGAGAUCAUCUUCAGACAAUCUUAUAUCCACUUUUGCCAAUGGUGUUUCGGAAGAUAUAUAUGAACAAAAUACAGACGUAAUGUGUACAGAUACUGAAGAAGCUAAAAAAGCAGAAGAAAUUAUGAAAGAGGCUGUAACUCUUUUACAACAACAUGCUCAAAGUGAAGAAGAUUAUAAUUUAUAUCAUAAAUAUGAUGAGGAAGCAACUGUUUAUUUUAAGAAACAUGAAGAUACAGACAUUGGAAAACUCGAGCUUAAAAUCCGCAAUCCAGAUCAUUAUAAUGAUAUCGUCAAAAUAUUAUGGGAUCCCAAUGGUGCCAAACAUUUCGAUGGAAAUUUUAUUAAUGGGAAACUUGUACGUGUAUACAAUCCCAAUUUAGUAAUUGUUCAACUUCGAUCCAGAAGUCUUGUGGGACUAGCCCAAGAAUAUUUAUAUGCUUUAGCCUACAAAGUUGAAGUAUCAGAAAAUGAAACAAUAAUUGUUCAUGCAUCAGCAGAUAUAUAUGAUCAUAACGAUACUUAUGAAUAUAGCUAUAGAAACACAAUUUUAGAAAGCGCAAAUUCAUUCCAAACCGAAAUUGAUCCUGAAGAUGAUAUUGUAAAUGGAGAGAUAAUAAAAACGUAUAUUAAUUUAUCUGGAUGUAUCAUUAAAAAAGAAGAUGAAUAUGUUAAUCUUACUUGUGUCAACUCUAUUGAUGUUGAAUCUCCCAAUAUGGAAGACCUUAUUCUUAAAGUAGUUAAAUCAAUAAAAAUGGCAACUAUUUCCAAUUUAAAAAAUACAUUUGAAAAUAAUUAA